AUGAGAACGAAAGACUCAGGCUCAAGAAAGGAAAGACUCAGGCUCAAGAAAGGAAAGACUCAGGCUCAAGAAAGGAAAGACUCAGGCUCAAGAAAGGAAAGACUCAGGCUCAAGAAAGGAAAGACUCAGGCUCAAGAAAGGAAAGACUCAGGCUCAAGAAAGGAAAGACUCAGGCUCAAGAAAGGAAAGACUCAGGCUCAAGAAAGGAAAGACUCAGGCUCAAGAAAGGAAAGACUCAGGCUCAAGAAAGGAAAGACUCAGGCUCAAGAAAGGAAAGACUCAGGCUCAAGAAAGGAAAGACUCAGGCUCAAGAAAGGAAAGACUCAGGCUCAAGAAAGGAAAGACUCAGGCUCAAGAAAGGAAAGACUCAGGCUCAAGAAAGGAAAGACUCAGGCUCAAGAAAGGAAAGACUCAGGCUCAAGAAAGGAAAGACUCAGGCUCAAGAAAGGAAAGACUCAGGCUCAAGAAAGGAAAGACUCAGGCUCAAGAAAGGAAAGACUCAGGCUCAAGAAAGGAAAGACUCAGGCUCAAGAAAGGAAAGACUCAGGCUCAAGAAAGGAAAGACUCAGGCUCAAGAAAGGAAAGACUCAGGCUCAAGAAAGGAAAGACUCAGGCUCAAGAAAGGAAAGACUCAGGCUCAAGAAAGGAAAGACUCAGGCUCAAGAAAGGAAAGACUCAGGCUCAAGAAAGGAAAGACUCAGGCUCAAGAAAGGAAAGACUCAGGCUCAAGAAAGGAAAGACUCAGGCUCAAGAAAGGAAAGACUCAGGCUCAAGAAAGGAAAGACUCAGGCUCAAGAAAGGAAAGACUCAGGCUCAAGAAAGGAAAGACUCAGGCUCAAGAAAGGAAAGACUCAGGCUCAAGAAAGGAAAGACUCAGGCUCAAGAAAGGAAAGACUCAGGCUCAAGAAAGGAAAGACUCAGGCUCAAGAAAGGAAAGACUCAGGCUCAAGAAAGGAAAGACUCAGGCUCAAGAAAGGAAAGACUCAGGCUCAAGAAAGGAAAGACUCAGGCUCAAGAAAGGAAAGACUCAGGCUCAAGAAAGGAAAGACUCAGGCUCAAGAAAGGAAAGACUCAGGCUCAAGAAAGGAAAGACUCAGGCUCAAGAAAGGAAAGACUCAGGCUCAAGAAAGGAAAGACUCAGGCUCAAGAAAGGAAAGACUCAGGCUCAAGAAAGGAAAGACUCAGGCUCAAGAAAGGAAAGACUCAGGCUCAAGAAAGGAAAGACUCAGGCUCAAGAAAGGAAAGACUCAGGCUCAAGAAAGGAAAGACUCAGGCUCAAGAAAGGAAAGACUCAGGCUCAAGAAAGGAAAGACUCAGGCUCAAGAAAGGAAAGACUCAGGCUCAAGAAAGGAAAGACUCAGGCUCAAGAAAGGAAAGACUCAGGCUCAAGAAAGGAAAGACUCAGGCUCAAGAAAGGAAAGACUCAGGCUCAAGAAAGGAAAGACUCAGGCUCAAGAAAGGAAAGACUCAGGCUCAAGAAAGGAAAGACUCAGGCUCAAGAAAGGAAAGACUCAGGCUCAAGAAAGGAAAGACUCAGGCUCAAGAAAGGAAAGACUCAGGCUCAAGAAAGGAAAGACUCAGGCUCAAGAAAGGAAAGACUCAGGCUCAAGAAAGGAAAGACUCAGGCUCAAGAAAGGAAAGACUCAGGCUCAGAAAGAGUCUUUCCUUCUCAUCCCAUCUGAUAUGCAGCUUCCUGCCAGACAUGAAGCAUGUAGUAAUUGA